UUCAUAGCCAAAUCAACAUCAUAGAUGUGUCUGUUUCAAAACAUGGUCGAGAAAAGUGGAGUGUUUGAUAACUAGCCUGUUCCAAGAUAUUGGCUGAUUUGGAGCAUCAUGGGUCAAUCGUUGACACGCCUCCGGGGAACUUUGGUGACCCGUCCCCUUCAGCGGUUCAACAUUGAAGGUCGCACAGAAAAGCGAUUCGAUAAGGAUAUGGUGGAACGUGCCCCUUAUUAUCCAUCGGAUCGGGAAAUCUUGGCACAGAUGAAAGAGUCGAACCCUAAUUUCGCUCAAGAAGAAGCAAAAAAGGAUGAUCAACUCUAUGAUCGACUGAAAACGGUUUAUGUGUCUUCCAAGGAUCCAGACUCAUUUGAUCCGGAAUCAUUGAAGCAAAUUGAAAAUCCCGAGAGACCCUUACCGAAAAGGUCAUAUUUUCCGUCAGAACCUUUUCAUCCGUUUCAUCUACCCAAAAAUGUCCGACGAUUGGAUGGGAAGUUGACGUUAAGUGAGAUGGAAGCCAUUCUUGGGAGGCGUAGUCAAGAUUCUUCCUAUGGUGCGCAAGAAAUCGCCGAGGAAUACAAAUUGAAACUUGAAGAUACUGAGGCGUUACUGAGAUACUACGGCGUGUUCAGUGUGGUUGAUAACUCACAUGUUAAGCCAGUAAUCUUGGACAAUCCGCUUCUAGCCAAACCAGAUUGGGAAGAGGUCGAACAUGAGCCACUUCGGUCCCCAACAGUCAAGCAAAUCGGCCCCUCCAAGUGAAUUGCUAUGUUUCCAGUGUACUUUUGAAUAUUUAGGUUGUCAAAUAUAGUCUUAAUUAAUCACAUGAAACUGCAA